AUGUCUGCCACCCCCUCCCUACCUAUAACUCAGAGGAUCGAGCCCUCGGAACAAGAAGAAACUUAUGUUCAUGACGUCUAUAACGAAAUAGCGUCUCACUUUUCCAAAACUAGGUACAAGCCAUGGCCUAUAGUUGAAAAAUUUUUACAAGAUAGGCCAAAGCAUUCAAUUGGAUUGGAUGUGGGUUGUGGAAAUGGGAAAUAUUUAAAAGUAAACGAAGAUCUAUAUAUAAUAGGCUCUGAUAGAUCGGAGGGGCUCGUCAACUGUGCACAGGAAGUAUCAAACAAUCAAUAUAAUUUGGCCAUCGCAGAUGGCCUUUCGCUUCCCCAUCCCAAUGAUAAGUUUGAUUUUGCCAUUUCCAUUGCAGUGGUACAUCAUUUUGCUACUGAGGAAAGAAGAAUUCAAGCAAUUCUGCAUAUCUUGUCCAAAUUAAAGAAGGGGGCGCAAUGUCUAAUCUACUGUUGGGCGCUAGAGCAAGAAAAUUCUCGUCGUGGUUAUAAAGAAGGUGACGACCAGGACGUAUUAAUUCCAUGGGUUCUCAAUAAUGCCACAAGAAAGACAAAGAGGCACAACGUCGCUGACAAUAUUAACCUCACUGGUGGCAACGUUGAUGAAAGUCCACAAGUAAAUGAAACCAAGUAUAGAUACUAUCAUUUGUACAAACGGGGAGAAUUGCCUGAAAAUUCCCUUGCGACUGGGUUGUGUACUAUUGUAAGUGAAGGAUAUGAGAAGGAUAACUGGUGGGUAAUAUUGCAAAGAAUAUAA